AUCACCCCGCCAUCUGGUGGAAGAAGCCAAAACUACAGCACGUAAACGUUGCUGCGUCGAACACGUGCACAUAACGCGAUCGAACCAUGGGCCCUGUCAAAAAACGUGCGAAAACCGAAAAGAAACUUAGUGAAGUGAGCGUGGAAGAGUUCAUGGCCGGUGGACUUUCGUCUGACUCUGAGGGAGCACCUCCUGAACCAAGCCCAGGUAAAAAAGCCAAGAAAGCAGCUUUUACGUCUCCCAAGCACGAUGCGGCGCAGAUCGACGUACCGAAGAAAAACAAGAAGAUUAAGAAGAAAAGAUCGAAAAUACGCUCGGAGAAAGACUCGGACGAGGAUUCGGAAGAAGAGGAGCCCGAGCGGAUACGAGGUAAAAUAAAUGCUCGGAAAGCGGUUCUCCGUACGAAAGCUCAGAAGCCCGAAGAGACCAGCGGCAUAGCAGAGCACGAUUUCGAUAACGAAGGUUCGGAAAACGACCAUGAUGAAGGCAGCAGCGACGACUCCGAGGUGGACAUGGAGAAGAACAAGGAGAUUAUCCGAAACCUCAAAGACACCGAUCCGGACUUCUACCAGUACCUAGAGGAACAUGACAAGGACCUCCUCGACUUCUACACAAAUGACGCCGACCAAGAGGACAAUGACGAAGCCGGCGACGGCCAGGCGGAGGAGGAACCUGCCGAACCGACGAGGCACAAAAAGAUCCUCAAGUUGGAACAGGUCCGCCAGUUCGAGCUUGCCCUACGGACCAAGCCCGACUUCCAGAAGAUAGCAGACGUCAUCUCCUGCUUCCGGGCCGCCGUACUUCAGGCCGAAGGGGAGUCGGCCACACCGCAGACCGGAAAACACCAGUGUCCGUUCAGAGUGGAAGGCCAGACCAUCUUCAACGCAGUCGUCAAGCUCUGUCUAAACGAUCUGCUGCCGGCAUUGCACAAGGUCCUAAAUCUACCGGAACCGUCUGUGCCCAAGGACGGUGUAAAACCCUUCGACCCUACCAAGUGCCACUCCUGGCGAAAAGUGGCCCUCUCGGUCAAGGUCUAUCUCAUGCAGGUUGUCAAGCUUGCCACGGCCGUGACCGAACCCCAGCUUGUGUCCGUCCUGUUGCGCCACGUCCUGUUCCUGGUCCCGUACUACGUUGCCUUCCCGCAGGUCGCCAAGACGCUGCUCAAACGCCUCGUUGCCCUCUGGUGCGAGGGGGAGGAGACUGUCCGCGUCGUGGCCUUCCUCUGCCUCGUCCGCACGGUGCGCAGUCUUCCGCGGCCUUACCUGGACACGGUCCUCAAGCACAUGUACAUGUCAUACGUGCGAAACUCCAAGUUCACGUCGCCGUCGACCUGGCCCCUCAUCAACUUCAUGAAGCGGACGCUCGUCGAGGCCUACGCGAUCGACGAAGGGCUCGCCUACCAGCACGCCUUCCUCUACAUCCGCCAGCUGGCCAUCCACCUCCGCAAUGCACUCACGGUCCGCAAGAAGGAGACCUGCAAGGCAGUCUACAACUGGCAGUACGUCCACUGCUGCCUGCUCUGGUGCCACCUGUUGUCGACUUCCGCGGCGCAUGGUGAGAACCUGCGAGCCCUCGUCUAUCCACUGGUACAGACGGUGGUGGGCACCAUACAGCUGGUCCCGGCAGCCAAGUUUGUACCGCUGCGGUUCCAUUUAGUUCGAGGACUCGUGCAGGUCUCCGCCGGUACAAACAUCUUCAUUCCGAUCCUGCCCCACUUGCUUCAAGUGUUCACCAUCGUCAACUUCGACCUGAAGCAUUCGUCCACUUCGAUGCGUCCAGUUGACCUCAGCUGCGCCCUCCGCGUCUCGCCGACACAAAUGAAGGAGAGCGGCUUCCGCGACGCGGUCAUAGAAAAUUUCUAUGAGCUCAUGGUCGAGUACCUCGCACAGAUGUCGAGCUCGGUCGCAUUUCCGGAGCUCGUGCUGCUGGCGAUGGUGCAGCUGCGGGAGUUUGCGAAGAAGUGCAAGGUUGCGAACUACAACAAGAAGGUCAGGCAGUUGCUCGAGAAGAUGGAGGAAAACUACAAGUUCAUCGAGGAGCGGCGUAAGAACUGUGGCGUCGCCUUGAGCGAUAAAGUCGGCUUGGAGCGGCUCGAAGAGAAGUGGAGUGAGGAGGGCACGCCGUGCGCACGGUUCUACGAGCAGUGGAGCAAGCUGAGGAGUAAGAAGCAAGACACAGCAGCGAAUAGGAGGGUGCUCAAGAAGCUCCCCAAGCCAGAGUCUGGAUCCGACACCGGAUCCGACUCUGGCGAGGAACAAGAAGUCGAAGAAAAGGUAGAGAAGAAGCCCAAAAAGGCAGCAAAGAAGCAAAAGAAAGUAAAGAAGGCCAAGCCCGAGGAAGAGGAGGUUGCCGUGGGAGACGAAGAUGUCGUUCAGGACAUGGAGUUGUCAUCUACGUCGGAAGAGGAAGAGGAGAGCAGUCAAAACGACGACGACGACGACUUGUCGGACUAGAUUUUGGAUCCGGUUGCAGGAAGGAAUGCGGGGGAUCUGGAAACGUUGAUUAGGCGUAUGAGCUGUUGUGAAGCUACAUGAUUUAGGAGCUAAUGAAUCAAGGAAAGAGUGUACAAAAUGCUAAAGGUGCGUUAAAUAUUUGGUCAAUAAAAAUAUGCCCAAGGUUUGUA